AUGCAAUCCGAAGUGCUUCUUCAUUGGCUUCGACAAUUGACUGAACCAGAUACUGAAAAAGUCAAGCAAGCAACAAAACAACUACAAAGUCUUUCAUUGACCAAUGAUUUUCUUCUUCAAUUAUUUCAUAUUCUUCGUUCGGAACAAAACGAUCAGAUACGUAUACUAGCAUCCGUAUUAUUGCGUCGGAAACUAUCAAAAUCAUCCGAAACGAUUACCAAAGAUGUUCAUGAAGCAUUGAAACAUCUUUUACUUGAACAAAUACAGAUUGAAGCAAAUCAACGUAUACGUAAAUCGCUGUUUGAACUAAUUGGCACUAUCGCUAAACAAGAUUUACAACAUGAAGUAGUUGAAAAGAAGAAAAAAGGCAAAAAACCCAAUAAAACUGAAACAACUGGCUGGAAAGAAUAUCUUCAUCUAUGUGGUACACUUGUUCAAUCAACGGAUUUAAAACAACUCGAAUUAGGCAUGCAUCUUUUUGGUACAUUGGCGACCUACUGUGGACGAUUCGUACUUGAACAUUGGCCGCAUACAUUUAAUCUUAUAACAUCAAUGUUAAAAACAAGACCAUCGCCAACUGUUUGCGAGCAAGCUUUAAUUAUUUUAGUAAAUCUCGUUAAAGAAAUUCAUCAAAAACAAUAUAUGCAAACUAUCAUUGAUCUGGUGCCAAUUGCUAACGAAGCCAUACAGUAUCUUUUUGUUAAUCUUACGGCUGAAAAUACAACAAAUCUCUUGGAUUUUUAUGAAGCAUUACUCGAUUGUGAAGUACCAAAUGUUAUCGGAACACAUCUUCAAAGUAUAAUAUCAACAUGUCUUCAAAUUGCUUUAAGAAAUGACAGUAGUGUUCUUGAAUCUGUACGCUAUAAUGCACUAAGUAUACUGGCUGAAAUUUGUCGACAAAAGAAAAAAACUCUAUUGAAACAUCAAGAAAUUCUUCCACCGAUUAUUCAAGCCUUACUUCAAAUAAUCAGUUCAGCAGCUGUCGAUCCUAAUACUAUUGAGGAUGAUGACGAUGACGAGCCUGUUGUUGUUGCUGGUGCUAAUCAUGUCCUGGAAGCUAUGUCGUAUCAUUUAUCGCCGGAAAAAUUUGUGCCAUUAGUGAUUUCACAAGUUGAGCCGAUGCUGAAAAGUAGCGUUGCAAAUGAACGUAAAGCUGCUUAUUAUGUUCUUUCGGGUAUAAUCGAUGGUUGUUGCGAUUAUAUUAAUAACAAUUAUCUUGAACCGUACAUGACAGCACUUAAGCUUGGCCUACGAGAUGUUAAUUCAGAUGUAUCAAGUGCAGCUCUUUUAGCAUUAGGCGAAACAUGUGCUGUAUUAGAAGGUGAAAUUUCAAAAUAUUCAGUAGAAAUUUUACCUAUCCUAAUGGAAAUUAUGGUUCAACCAGACAAUAUGCAAAAUCAUAAUCUUAAAGUGAUACGAAUUUAUUAUGCUGUUGAAGAACUCAUUGGAGUUUUGAACGACGAGCAUAAAGGAGUGAUUCCCGAAGUACUUCGCGUAUUGUUUCACGUACAUGCUUCAACGACGAAUACAAAAAUUCGCGAAUUAGUAUUAGCUGUUUAUCCAGCAAUUGCAAUAAUGAUGAAAGAUAAAUUUGCUCCGUAUCUCGAACCGGUUAUAACUCAAAUUUCACCUAAUCUAAGUCAAAAACCCAAUACAGAAACGUUACCGGUGUUUUGCACAUCGCUUCAUACGCUGGCUUCACUUUGUCGCGCAGUUGGAACUGAUCAUUGCAAAGCAAUAUUGCUGCAAGCAUUAGAAUUCUCACUUAAUUUAUACACGGAAAUCGAUGAACCUGAAUUUCGUUCAGCUAUUUUCGCACUUGGUGGAGCAGCUAGUCGAGUAUUAAAAAAUGAGUUUAGUGCAGCUCAUGUUAGUAAGAUCAUGGGAUACAUAUUUGAAUCUCUCCGAUCGCUUGAUUGGAUUGAAGAUGCUACAGCAACAGAAAAUCGUAAAUUAGAAUGGGUUGAUGACGAGGAAAUUGAUGGUGCAUCGAACGGUAUCAAUGAUGAACCUGAAGGAAAAGCCGAAAAGGAUGAUGACGACGAUGACGACGACGACGAUGAUGAUGAACGGAUGACUUUUGAAAAUGCUCAUGUCGAAGAAAAAGCAGCUGCCACAGAAGCAUUGGGAGAUCUGGUCGAAAAUUGCAUAGUCUCUGCUUGGCCAUAUCGAAAAGAUAUAAUUGAAUAUAUCAAAAAUAUGUUAGAAUUUCCAAAUGUUCUAUGUUCACAAAAUGCAGUAACAGCUGCGGGCAAUCUUCUUAUAUCUAUUCAUAAGAUGGUUUCACAAACACAACUAUCAAAUGAGAAACAACUUAUUCAAGAUGAAUCAGAUCGUUUAAUAGCUGAUUUGAUACCAAAUUUAUGUACCAUCAUAAAUACAACAGCAAGUCGUUCAUUGGCACAAAUAGCACUUGACACAAUAAAAAGCAUCCUAGAAGAAUUUAAAGUAGAUAUGCUUAAGCAUAUGGCAUUGUUUGAAAAAAUUGCUCAUUCGGUUCAAAAAGUUCUUGCUUAUAAAACUAAAUGCCAACAAGAAAGUGAUGAAGACAACGAAGAAAACGGAGGUGGAGAAGGCCGUGAUCAAGAUGGCCGAGAUGAUGCUGAAUAUGAUGCUAUGUUAAUCACGACUGGUGGCGAUCUUUUACCAGUACUAACAUCGAUUGCCUGCGCUGGUAAUGUUCAAUUUUUUCCUGGUUAUCUGGCAUCGGUUAUUCCGAAAUUACAAAAGCGACUUAGACAUCAAGCAAGUGUAUCUGACCGGUCGUUUGUUAUUGGCGUACUUGCUGAAACAGUACAAAAUAUGAAUGAAGCAUUGCUUGCCCCAUAUUUACAAUCACUUUUUACAAUGUUUCAUCAAUAUUUAAUUGACGAUGAUGAUGAAGUACGAACAAACUCAUGUUUUGGCAUGGGCGUUCUUUGUGCAUUAGCUAAUCAACAUCUGAUUGGCCAAUAUGAAACUAUAUUAACUCGAUUAUCACACGUGUUGGUGAAAGAAACGCAUCCACGUAUGAUUGAUAAUAUCUGCAGUUGUCUUUGUCGAAUGAUUGUCGUUUCGCCACAACAUGUACCACUUGAACAGGUUUUGCCUGUCCUAUUUCAACAUCUACCACUUCGUGAAGAUUUUGCAGAAGCUAUUUCUGUAUUUACCUGUCUCAAUCUACUCUACGAACAACAUUUCACCCAGAUCGAGUCAUAUCUUCCUAAAUGCAUCGAAAUGGCAGCAUCAAUUAUUGACGAUGAACGUGUUCUACCAGAAGCUGUGCCAGUGAUUCGCGAGUUUCUUCGUUCAAUCUACGCAAAGCACAGUGUUGCUUUCGUUCAAGUAAUGCAAACACUCAACGAACCAUUACGUGUUAUUGUUACAAAACAUCUUCAAACAAAUUAA